AUGGUGUGUCCCUCGGGUGCUGUGCACUUGGUGUUUGCCCAUCCCCAGUGUGCUUUUCAGCCCCAAAUUUUUGGAGUGGAGGAAUGCGCCAUUUCUCAGUUCACCUGGGCGCAGGGCCUCGGUGGUGGGUUUGAUGCUCCCCAUGCCGCCUACGUGUCUACUAGUGCAGAGGGCAGCGGCGUGGGGAAACCUUCAGAGCCCCCUGUGGCCGGCACUCGUUCUAAACCUGUGUCGGGUACUGAAGUGGUGUCUGCAGCUCAGAACGGUUGUGUCCGAUUGAGUUUUAAAUUUCAACUGGCCGAACAGACUACGGUGCUAUGGGAGACAGUCGUAGUUGGCCGCCGUCUCUACCUGUCCAUCGUACAUCUACCAGAGGGCAGUAAAGAGGCAUUUGUGUCUCUCCUUGAGUACGCUGAGGAAGUCCUCGGUUGCUCACAUGUGCUAAUAUGUUUCAAGAAGGAUCGUAGUGAUCGAGCUAUGCUGAUCCGCAACUUCAUGUUCCUCGGGUUUGUGGCUAUCCCACCAGGCCACCCAAUGGCACCUGCCAACAAUGAUCACUUCUACAUGCUCUAUGAGAUCGAGUAGUAUCUUCACAGGUUGAUGGUUCUGUAUUAUGCUUGGGCUGAACCAGGUUACAUGUAGUUAGUAAGAAAAUCUAUUCAUCAAUAUAUUUUUCUUUCAUCUUGAAAAUGUAAUGCAUUUAAAAAUUAAGCUUGUGUAACCUGGUUACCCAAAGUAUUGUGGAGUUUCCCCAAGUUGUCUUUUGUUGUUGUGGAGUGGGGUAGAAAUAACUCUGUGGCAGAUGCGGGAGGGAAAGUGAGUGCCUGCCUGGUUAUUUCACCAGUUUAAUGAGCCUUGUACAGUGUUGUUACCAAGAUUGAAAUUGUAUCCAAUGCAACACUUGCAGAUAAUCUGUAUUAAUGGUAUCAAAGGCUCAGUCAGUCAUAAUAUUGAUUAGAUUUUAAUUUUUGCCAUGUAUAUUUUGAUUUUUUUGUAUGGUGAUGUUUUUUGUGUAAUGUUAACAUAACCUGUGGACCAAAGAUAAUUCUUCCUUGUAACAAUUUAUUGAUAUAUUUUGAUAUGUAUAAUCUGAGAAAAUGACCCAAAUAGUUAACUAAGGCUUGUUUUAGCAUCCAUUAUUGCAAAUACAGUGAGCAUUGUUGAUCCAUGACUAAGCUUUGCGGAUGUCAGGUACAGUACUGAUGUGGCAUUAUGCUAUUUGCUCCUGGAUCGAGUCUUUUCUGUCAAGCUCCACAGCGACCUCUGGCUUCUGCUGCUAGUAAGACACGUAUAUCAAAAAAACAAAAUGUACAAAAAAAAGUGGAAAAUAAUAAAAUGAUGAAAAAAAAAGGUUGAUAUUCAUUCCAUGUAUGUUUUUUGAAUCCUUGUAGAAUCCCAGUUUGCUAUAUUCAUUUUAUCAUGGUUUUAUCAUUCUGGUGGGAUUAUAGACUUGCAACUUAACAUGGACACUGAUAGUCAUUCACCAAUUCAGUCAUUAUGGUUUUGUACAACUAAGAUUUCCUUUCAUUGUACUGGGAGAAAUAAUCGGUGGUUCCUUUGUUCUUGUAUUCAAUAAAUCACACAAAUAUAAA